AAAAUGGGGAAGGUUUUAAUAUGCAUGGUAUUCUCACUUAGUCUAGUGAUUGUUGGUGCAAUGGCAGUGGGUGAGAGUGCUUCUAAUGUGAGAGCCACAUACCAUUACUAUAAUCCUGAGCAGAAUGGAUGGGCCUUGACUGCUGUUAGCGCUUAUUGUUCCACCUGGGAUGCUAAUAAGCCCUUGGCAUGGCGGAGCAAAUAUGGCUGGACCGCCUUCUGUGGCCCGGUCGGGCCUCGUGGCCAGGCAGCCUGUGGCAAGUGUUUGAGGGUUACAAACACUGGCACCGGAGCUCAAGCAACGGUCAGGAUUGUGGAUCAAUGUAGCAACGGAGGGCUAGAUUUGGAUGCCGGUGUGUUCCAGAAACUAGACACAGAUGGAAAGGGCAAUGCUCAGGGGCAUCUUAUAGUGAACUACCAGUUCGUGAAUUGCGGUGACUGA